AUGGCUCGAUAUCCGUCCUGCCCCCUGCCCGCUCCUCAGGCGACAGAGUCGUACUGGAUGAGUCAGGCGGAUGACCGCCUGAAAGACUAUAACUCGGCGGACCGCUUGCCGACAGACGCCGAUACCGUCAUUAUCGGCUCCGGCGUGACGGGCGUCCUCAUCGCGCAGGAACUCUUGUCGCGCGCCGCCGCGACAGACUCGCGCAGACACGACGGCCUUGUCAUGUUGGAGGCGCGGGCCUUUUGCAGCGGCGCGUCGGGCCGGAACGGCGGCCACAUCAAGCCGGACUGCUACAAGCACUUCCUCGAGUUCCAGGCCCGCUACGGCACCGACGAGGCCGUGCGGCUCUGCCGCUUCGAGGUGGACAACAUGCGCGCCACCGUGGCCUUUAUCCGGGGCCAGCGUCUCGCCGACGUCUGUGACCUCGUGAAGACGCGCGCCGUCGACUUCUUCAUGACCCCGGAAGCCUGGGCGGCCGCGCGCGAGUCCAUCGCGGCCUACCGCGAGGCCGUCGGCGAGGAGCUCCCCGAUAUCCAUCUCCACGAGCAGCCAGACCUGUCCCGUGAGGGUUUUCGCUUCCCCGGAGCGCUCGGCGCAGUGUCAUAUCCCGCCUGUAGUCUCUGGCCGUACAAGCUCGUGGCUGGCCUGGCCAACAGGGCCGUCGACGCCGGCAUGCAACUGUUCACCCACACGCCCGCCCUCUCCGUCACACCCGCCGCACCGGCGGCCGACGGUAGCCCGCGGUGGCGCGUUGACACCCCGAGGGGGACCAUCUGUUGCGCCAACGUCUUCCACGCGACAAACGGGUACGUGUCGCACCUCCUCCCCGGGUUCUCGGCAAAGAUUGUCCCCCUCAAGGGCAACGUUGUCGCUCUGCCGCCGCCCCGGCCUUAUGUCGACCGCACCCUAGGCCAUACCGCAAGCAUUCAGUGGGGCGAAGACUUUGACUACAUGAUCCAGCGCGAGGUGGACGGCAAGCACCUCAUCUUCGGCGGUCGCGACCUCGCCCAUCCACGGGGCUGCACCGCCCCCAUCGGCGACUGGGACGACUCGACCACCACGCCCGACAUCGUCCGCUCCCUGACAGAGUUCCCCGAGACGCACAUGAUGGGCUGGACCGGCGCCGGACCGCCGUGCUACGCCUGGUCCGGAAUCAUGGGCCUGACCCCGGAUGAGCUGCCCUACGUCGGCGCCGUACCCGACUGCGCCGGUCAGUGGGUCGCCGCCGGGUACUCGGGACACGGCAUGGCAAGGGCCUUCAUGACAGUCCAGGCGCUGAUCCAGCUCUUCGCCCGCGGCGAUGUUGACUUGCGCGUGCCGGCCGAGUACUUUAAAAUCGCCGAGAGGCUCGUUCGAAAGGACGACGAGUGGGAUCAGAUCCUGGAAAGAAAUCUCGAAGCGAACCCUCCUCCAGUUGUGUAA